AUUAGUUAACAUUUAAAGUAUUUUCAGGAGAUUAUUAUGAUAAAUUAGUUAAACAGCUGAACUAGUUUAAAACUGAAAUAAAAUGGCUGCCGGCCCUAUAUCUGAGAGGAAUCAGGAUGCAACGAUUUAUGUCGGCGGACUGGACGAAAAAGUUAACGAGGCCAUGCUCUGGGAACUCUUUGUUCAGGCUGGUCCUGUCAUGAAUGUUCAUAUGCCAAAGGAUCGAGUGACAACACAGCAUCAGGGAUACGGGUUUGUAGAGUUCUUAGGAGAGGAUGAUGCUGAUUACUCGAUCAAGAUCAUGAAUAUGAUAAAACUAUACGGGAAACCAAUUAGGGUGAACAAGGCGUCUGCUCAUCAGAAAAAUCUUGACGUUGGAGCAAAUAUUUUCAUCGGAAACCUUGAUCCUGAAGUUGAUGAGAAACUGUUGUACGAUACGUUCUCUGCAUUCGGUGUUAUCCUGACUACACCAAAGAUACAGCGUGAUCCGGAUACAGGAAACUCUAAGGGAUUCGCGUUUAUCAACUACGCCAGCUUUGAAGCAUCCGACGCCGCCAUCGAAGCAAUGAAUGGUCAGUAUCUCUGCAAUCGCGCCAUCACAAUCUCUUACGCAUUUAAGAAGGAUGCUAAGGGUGAGCGCCACGGUUCUGCUGCUGAAAGAUUGUUGGCGGCACAAAAUCCUCUUUCUCAGGCCGACCGCCCGCAUCAACUGUUCGCGGACGCACCUCCAAUUCCUUCAAUGGGAAACCCUGCUAUUCCCCCUCCUCCUAUCCCCCCUCCUCCUCCCCCGGGGGCAGGGCCAGGAAGACCUCCUCAGAUGCCGCAUGGAUUUGGACCACCGCCUGGAGGUAUGCGAAUGAACCACGGUCCCCCGGGAUGGAUGCCUCCUCCACCUGGAAUGGGAGGCCCUAUGGGAGGACCGAUGGGAGGACCAAUGGGCGGAGGAAUGGGAGGGCCAAUGGGAGGAGGAAUGGGUCAAGGAUGGCGUGGCCCCCCACCUCCAGGUUGGGGACCUCCCCCUCCUCCCCGCCCACCUAUGGGCAAUGCUCCUCCGAUGCCCCCCGGUCCACCACCUCGACGCUACUAAUAUUUCAUGUUUUUGUUUUACAGUGCAUUAUCUGUUAACACCAUUUUUUCUUUAAAAUAAGUUUUGUAAUUUCAGAAAAAUGCGUAUACUAUAUUGUGUCAUAUCAAGGCAGAACACUGUUCUUGCAAAGUACGCGUCAUGUGUUGGGAACUUUAGUGAAAUCAGCGACCUUGUCAUCUCUAAGAUUCCUACUGGGGACGGGAAAAUGACCUACAGUCAUGGAAGUUUUCUAUAUCACUAUAUAUCAGAGAAUAACAUCAUCUAUCUCUGUAUUACAGAGAACGGGUUUACGCAGGGCAACGCCUUUCAGUUCCUUAACAUCAUCAUGAGCAAAUUCAACAAGAAGUUUGCGACAAGGG